AUGUCUUACGGUGGAGGAUACGGAGGAGGUGGUGGUCGCGGUGGCGGCGGAGGCUACUCUAAUGGGUACGAUAAUCAUGGUGGUCGAAAUAACUACUCCAGUGGAUAUUCCAACGGAGGAGGAGGCGGUUACGGAGGAGGUGGUGGGGGGGGUUACGGUGGAGGAGGGGGAGGAGGUAAUGUGAAUGGUUACUCCGGAGGCGGUGGUGGUUAUGGAGGAGGUGGAGGAUAUGGCGGCGGUGGUGCUGGAGGCGAUCGCAUGUCUAACCUCGGUGCUGGUCUUCAGAAACAAUCAUGGGACAUCAACGCCAUGCCAAAAUUCGAAAAGUCGUUUUACAAAGAGGACCCCCUGGUCACCAACCGAUCCGAGGCCGAUGUCGCUAAAUUUAGAAAGGAGCACAACAUUGCUGUCCAAGGCUCAGAUGUACCACGACCUGUUGAGACUUUCGACGAAGCUGGUUUCCCAGCGUAUGUCAUGAGCGAGGUCAAGGCCCAAGGAUUCCCAGCACCAACAGCUAUUCAAUCCCAGGGUUGGCCCAUGGCUCUCUCUGGUCGUGACGUGGUUGGUAUCGCAGAGACAGGUUCCGGAAAGACUUUAACCUACUGUCUACCAGCUAUCGUUCACAUCAAUGCCCAGCCUCUGCUUGCCCCAGGAGAUGGACCCAUCGUUCUCGUCUUGGCCCCAACUCGUGAGUUGGCUGUUCAGAUUCAGCAAGAAAUCACAAAAUUCGGUAAAUCCUCCCGUAUCCGUAACACCUGUGUCUACGGUGGUGUUCCAAAGGGUGGACAAAUUCGUGACCUCGCCAAGGGUGUUGAGGUCUGUAUCGCCACUCCAGGUCGUCUCAUCGACAUGCUCGAGUCCGGCAAGACUAACCUUCGUCGGGUAACUUACCUUGUUCUUGAUGAGGCUGAUCGUAUGUUGGACAUGGGUUUCGAGCCACAAAUCCGCAAAAUUCUCGGACAAAUUCGACCAGACAGACAAACUUGCAUGUGGUCUGCAACAUGGCCAAAGGAAGUUCGUGCUCUUGCUUCAGAUUACUUACAAGACUUCAUUCAAGUCAAUAUUGGUUCUCUUGAACUAUCCGCUAACCACAGAAUUACCCAAAUCGUCGAAGUCGUCUCAGAGUUUGAGAAGAGAGACAAGAUGACCAAACAUCUCGAGAAGAUCAUGGAAGAUAAAGAUAACAAGAUCUUGAUUUUCACAGGUACAAAGCGAGUUGCUGAUGACAUCACACGCUUCCUUAGACAAGAUGGAUGGCCAGCGCUGUCCAUCCACGGUGACAAACAACAAAACGAGCGUGAUUGGGUCCUGAAUGAGUUCAAGACCGGAAAGAGUCCCAUCAUGGUUGCCACUGAUGUGGCUUCUCGUGGUAUUGAUGUCCGCAACAUCACCCACGUGUUGAACUAUGAUUACCCAAAUAACUCAGAAGACUAUAUUCAUCGUAUUGGUCGUACUGGUCGUGCCGGUCUCAAGGGUACUGCCAUUACUCUGUUCACAACUGACAAUUCCAAGCAGGCUCGUGAUCUAGUUUCUGUUCUCACUGAGGCAAAGCAGAAUGUUGAUCCAAAACUUGCGGAGAUGGCACGCUACGGUGGAGGCGGUGGCGGUGGCCGAUAUGGAGGAGGUGGUUUCCGUGGAGGGCGUGGUGGUGGUCGUGGUGGUGGUAAGCUUACUCUUUUCUUUUCUCCUGUUCCAUCUUAG